CCGGCCACGAUGUGGGCGCCCGGCCUGCGCGUCGUGUCCCGCGGGCGCCACUCGGGCGCGGCCGGCCUGCUGUCCGAGCUGCGGGAGCGCGGCCUGCUCCAGGAGAUCGUGCCGGCGCGGGGCGCCGACGAGGAGCUGCCGGACCUGCUGGGCCCCGGCCGCGCGGGGGCGCCGCUGGUGGCCUACUGCGGCUUCGACCCCACGGCGGCGUCGCUGCACGUGGGCCACCUGCUCCCCCUGCUGGCGCUGCUGCACCUGCGGCGCGCCGGGCACCACGUCAUCGCGCUGGUGGGCGGGGCCACGGCGCGCCUGGGGGACCCGAGCGGCCGCGCGGGGGCGCGCGAGGCCCUGGGCGCCGAGCGCGUGCGCGGGAACGCGCGCGCGCUGGGGCGGGGCCUGCGGGCGCUGGCGGCCAAUGAGGGGGCGGCGGCGGGGGCGCCUGCGCGCGGGUCCUUCACCGUGCUGGACAACGCGGCGUGGCUCGGGGAGCGCCCCCUGGUGGAGUUCCUGGAGGCGGCGGGGGGCGCGUUCCGCAUGGGGGCGCUGCUGAGCCGGCGGAGCGUGCGCGCGCGGCUGGGCGGGCCCGGCGGGAUGAGCCUGGCCCAGUUCUGCUACCCGGCGCUGCAGGCCUACGACUUCUACCACCUGCACCGGCUCUACGGCUGCCGCCUGCAGCUCGGGGGCCACGACCAGCUCGGCAACAUCCUCUCCGGCCACCACUUCGUCCGCAGGAUGACGGGGAAAGAUGUUUAUGGGAUCACGGUGCCUCUCAUCACCAGCACGACCGGGGCCAAACUGGGCAAGUCCGCCGGCAACGCCGUCUGGCUGGACAGAGACAUGACCUCGCCGUUCGAACUGUACCAGUUCUUCGUCAGACAGCAAGACGACUGCGUGGAACGGUACCUGAAACUGUUCACUUUCCUGCCCCUUCCCGAGAUCGACCACAUCAUGGCGAUGCAUGCCCGAGAGCCCGAAAAGAGGGGAGCCCAGAAAAGACUGGCAGCUGAAGUCACAAAGUUUGUCCAUGGCGAAGAAGGACUCGAAUCUGCCAAAAGGUGUACCCAGGCGAUUUAUCACAGUAGCGUGGACGCCCUGGAGACCAUGUCCGACCAAGAGCUGAAGGAACUCUUCAGAGAAGCCUCUUUCUCAGAAUUGGUUCUCGACCCCGGGAUGAGUGUGAUUGACACCUGCCGGAAGGCCAACGCCAUUCCCGACGGCCCCAGGGGGUACCGGAUGAUCACGGACGGCGGAGUCAGUAUUAACCACCACCAAGUGACGGACCCCGAAAGCGUCCUGGUGCUGGGGCAGCACAUCCUCCGCAACGGGCUCUCCCUGCUGAAGAUCGGAAAGAGGAACGUCUACGUCAUCAAGUGGCUUCGGCUGUGACGGCCCGGAAUUCCGCAUCCCGGAGGGCCGCGUCCUCGCGUUUCCUGGCUCGCUGGAAGAAGCGGCGGAGCGUGGGGCGGACUGCGGUCCCGUCGGUCCUAUCUAUUAAGCGCCCGCUGCGCGCAGAGCACUGUGCUGAGCGCUGAAGUCUUCUCACGGUGUGAGCAGUUAUUUCGCCUUGAAUAAAGCUGGGAGGAGAGGAGUUCUCCUCGGUUCA